CAAGAUGCCCACAAUUGUCGCCCACGCUGUGAAAUGUCAAAUUUGGUCCGACGACAACCACGAUUAGACAUUUCACCUCCAAAUCAACAACACAACGCAGUAUUCCUCACCAUUAGAAUCCCCAGUUAUUCUAUUGGAAGACGGUCAUCAUGUCGAAAAUCACCGUCGCCGGAGUGCGUUCCAACGUCGGCGAGUUGCUCGACUACUCGCUCAACACCAAGAAGCGUAACUUCCUCGAGACCGUCGAGCUCCAGAUCGGCCUCAAGAACUAUGACCCCCAGCGUGACAAGCGUUUCUCGGGCACCAUCAAGCUCCCGGUCGUCCCCCGCCCCAACAUGGCCAUCUGCAUUCUCGGUGACCAGCACGAUCUCGACCGUGCCAAGCACGGCGGUAUUGACUCCAUGUCGGCUGACGACUUGAAGAAGCUGAACAAGAACAAGAAGCUCAUCAAGAAGCUCGCCCGCAAGUACGACGCUUUCAUCGCCUCCGACACCCUGAUCAAGCAGAUUCCCCGUCUCCUUGGUCCCGGUCUGUCCAAGGCCGGAAAGUUCCCCACCCCGGUCUCGCACGCCGACGACCUCAGCGGCAAGGUUACCGAGGUCAAGUCGACCAUCAAGUUCCAGCUGAAGAAGGUUCUCUGCAUGGGUGUCGCCGUCGGCAACGUCGAGAUGACCCAGGAGCAGCUUGUUGGCAACAUCAUGUUGGCCAUCAACUACCUCGUCUCCCUUCUGAAGAAGGGCUGGCAGAACGUUGGUAGCCUUACCAUCAAGGCUACCAUGUCUCCUCCCAAGCGCAUCUACUAAGCUUUGACUUGGGGAUCGGUUGGACAGAGUAUUCGGCAGUUCGAUGGUCGUGGCGACAGUCUUGUUACAAAGUAGAGGCUAGAAAGCCUGAUAGCAUCUAGCUCUAGUCUCAGCCAGAAAAAGAAGGUUUCCGCGGUCAUAGAGACACGCGCGAUACAGUUGCCCACCGAAUUUUCGGAACCCCGCUUGCCCACGAUUUUGAUCGAGAUGUAGUCCAGGUACCCCCGUUGGCG